AUGCUUCGUUUAGUCUGCACAAAACAAAAACACAGAGCUUCACCAUUUCCAUUCAGCCAUGGCUACUUCUUGUUUUCAACCUCCAUUUGCAAACCCAUCAAAGUGCUCUCGAAUUUAACAGACCAGCAAUCUUUUACAGUCUCUUACCUCAAAAACUCAUGUGGGUUGUCCUCAGAAUCAGCAAUUUCACUUGCCAAGAAGCUCCAGAUUGAAGGCACACACAACCCUGACUCGGUUCUAAGCCUGUUUAAAACUCACGGGUUGACUCAGAGCCACAUAAAAAACCUAAUCACCAAACGUCCAGGAUUGCUUUUAGCCGAUUUAGACACUAAACUUGGGCCCAAUAUGAAGUUGUUUAAGUCUUUGGGAUUUUCAGGCGCUAGCCUUGCCAAAAUGCUUAGUAAACACCCACGAGUGCUUGAGAGUGAUGCUCAAACGGUUUUUGAUCUCUUUAGAAGUCAUGGUUUCAGUGAAAAGGAUAUAAAAACCUUGACCAUGAGGCUUCCUAAUUUGUUUAUAUACGAUGUAAAGAAGACUAUAAAGCCAAAGAUCGAGUUUUUGAAAUCUUUGGGGCUUUCAGAGCUUCACAUUGCCAAACUUUUAUCCAAUGAGCCUUAUGUUCUAACAAGGAGCCUUGAAAACCACAUCAUUCCAAGUGUUCAAGCGCUUAUGCGGUUUCUUGGCAGUGAUGUGAGUGCCACAAAGGCUAUAAAGGGAUGCCACCGGAUGCUUGAAUUUAGUUUCGAAAAGGUACUUGACCCGAACGUAUCAAUCUUUAGGAGCCACGGUGUACCUAAGUCACUUAUUGUGAAAAUGUUCUUAAUUAAUCCAAGAACGUUGCUUCUGAAGGGUUCUAGAGUUAGUGAGAUUAUUGGUGAUGUUAAAGAGUUGGGGUUUGAUCCCAACAAAAUGCUAUUUGCUCUAGCUGUUUGUACCAUGGCAAGGAUGAGUAAGGCAUGCUGGGAGCAGAAGUUGGAAACCUAUAGAAGUUUAGGUUUGUCAAAAGAUGAGAUUUAUUCAGCAUUCAGAAAGCAACCCAUGUGUAUGAUUAAUUCGGUGAAGAAGAUCCAUAAGUUGAUGCCUUUCUUCAUGAAUAAAUUGAAUAUGAAGCCAUCGAUGAUUUCCAAGAAUCCAGACCUUUUACUGCUUAGCUUGGAGAGGAGAAUCAUUCCUAGGUGCUCAGUUCUACAACUUUUGUUGUCACAGGGGUUCAUAAAGGAAGAUGUUAAAUUUCCUUAUGUGCUCAAGAUGACUAAUAAGAAUUUCAGGCAGAGAAUUUUGAGCAAGUAUGAAGCAGUGGUUCCUGAUAUUGUCAAGGCAUACGAAGGCAAGAUAGAAUUUCAAGGGUUUUCGAGUUCCUUUAAUGUGUAA